AUGUUCUCCAAGUCCGCUCUGCUCACUGCAAUUCUCAUCGCGCCGCUCGCUCUGGCGAUGCCGUCGCCCACUGAGACGGCAAAGCGGUCGACCUGCACAGUCGACUCAGUGUCGUCUGCCUCUGAUCUGUCUGACUGCUCCGACGUUGUGAUCUCGUCUUUCACCGUCGACGACGGAGAUACUGUUACUAUGAGCUUCGCAGAAGGCGCGACAGUCACGAUGACGGGUGAAGUAACCUUCGCCAGCACUACAGCGUCUGGCCCAUUGAUUACAUUUGAGGGAACGAGCAUCUCGUUCAAUGGCGGCGGAAACACAUUCAAUGGUAACGGCGCGGACUAUUGGGAUGGUGAGGGAACUGACGGUGGAAAAGCGAAGCCUCACCCUUUCAUGAAAAUCGAAGCCUCCGGGUCUUUUGAGAACUUCAUUGUGUUGAACACACCUGCACAGGCAAUCUCUGUUAAUAACAACGACCCUUUGACCAUCAAGGAUGUCACGGUAAACAAUCUUGCUGGCAAUACUGACAGUCUGGGCGCAAACACGGAUGGCUUCGACGUGUCCGCCUCUGAUUUGACUAUCACAAGCUGCGUUGUCGAGAAUCAGGACGAUUGUAUUGCCAUUAAUUCGGGCUCUAACAUUGUCUUCUCCAACAACCAGUGCUCGUACGGCCACGGCAUGUCGAUUGGUUCCAUUUCGUCGGGAAAGACCGUGUCUGGGGUGGUCUUCUCCGACAAUACUGUCACGAGCUCAAUGUACGGCACCCGCAUCAAAGUCGACAGUGAUGCGACCAGUGGCGGUGUGAGCAACGUAACAUGGUCCGGAAACACCAUGUCAGGCAUCACGUACUAUGGGGUUCUUAUCACCCAGUCGUACCCUGACAACGAUGGUACUCCUGGAACCGACACGACCAUCAGUGAUAUCAAUUUCAUCGGUAGUCCGACCGACGUCUCCGUUGAGUCAGGCGCAUACAGGGUCACGGUCGACUGUGGCAACUGCGAUGGCACCUGGGACUGGUCCGAGCUCACUGCAACUGGGGGAGACGCAGGUACCAUUGAUUCGGAGGAUGCCACCAUUGAGGGUGGGUCUUAUUGA